AUGGUUGCUACAUACGCUCGCCCACCCCCCGUUUUCACCAAAGCCGAGGGAUCAUAUAUUUGGGACAUUGAGGACAGGAAGUACCUUGACUUCACCGCUGGUAUCGCCGUGAACGCUCUCGGUCAUUGCGAACCUGAGGUCGCUCGGAUCGUAGCCGAACAGGCCAAGACUCUUGUCCACGCCUCCAACCUCUACUACAACCCCUGGACCGGCGCUCUGUCCAAGCUGCUCGUCGAAAAGACCGUCAAGUCUGGUGGCAUGCACGAUGCCUCGUCCGUCUUUGUCUGCAACUCCGGAUCCGAAGCGAACGAGGCCGCGAUCAAGUUCUCCCGCAAGGUCGGCAAGGCCGUCGACCCCUCCGGCGCCAAGCACGAGUUCGUAUCUUUCAACGGCGCAUUCCACGGCCGAACGAUGGGCGCUCUGAGCGCCACGCCGAACCCCAAAUAUCAAGAGCCUUUCUCCCCCAUGGUGCCCGGGUUCCGUGUUGGAGGCUACAACGACAUUGCUGCCAUCCCCGAGUUAGUUACAGAGAAGACAUGCGGAGUGAUUGUUGAGCCGAUCCAGGGCGAGGGUGGUGUUCGGGCCGCUUCGGAGGAGUUCCUCGUCGCCCUCGCGAAGCGCUGCCGCAAGGUCGGCGCAGUGUUAAUCUACGAUGAAAUCCAGUGUGGGAUGGGCCGCACUGGCACUUUCUGGGCCCACGGCGUCCUCCCCAAGGAGGCGCACCCCGACAUCAUCACCUCGGCCAAGGCCCUCGGCAACGGCUUCCCCAUCGGCGCCGUGAUUGUCAACCAGACCGUGAGCGACAAGAUCAAGGUGGGCGACCACGGGACCACCUUUGGAGGCAACCCCCUAGCCAGCCGGGUUGCGCACUACAUGGUGAGCCGACUCUCGGACCCCCAGCUGCAGAAGGAGGUGCUCGCCAAGUCGGACGUCUUCCGGGCGCGCUUCGAGGAGCUGCGAAAGCAGUACCCGGACUUGAUCACGGAGGUGCGCGGCAAGGGUCUGAUUCUCGGGCUCCAGUUGUCCGAGGAUCCCACUCCCAUCUUGAAGGCUGCUCGUGAGAGGGGUCUCCUGAUCAUCACUGCUGGUACCAACACGGUCCGCUUCGUUCCAAGCCUCACCGUGACGGAGCGGGAGAUCCAGUCUGGGUUGGAUAUCCUAGCGGAAGCCAUUGCGGUAACUCGAGCAUGA